CAGAAACUACAGAGUAGAACUGUACAGACUGCCACUUUGAGAAUGGAGAUGACACUGUGUUUUCCACUGUUGCUGCUGAUCUGCUCUCUCUCCACGGCUCAGCAUCAGACAGAGUCUGACAAUGAAAUUAUUCCACAUGGAAAGCAAGCUGAAUCCCAGGGAAGAGGACCAACAAAUGUCUCUGACCGCCAACAAACCGGCACUCAAGACAUCCAUGCUGUGCUGAGAGAGAUGAGCGCCUUGUUGGCUGAACAGAGGGUGGAGAUGAGGCACUUACAGAGAGAGAAUGAAGCACAGGCAGCUAAGCUGAGAGAGCUGGAGAUGCAAAAGACUGAGGUGGACAAGCUGAAGCAACAGCUCCAAGCACAAGCAGCAGAGCUGAUAACUGUGAACACCAGGUCAAAUGCCACAGAAGGGCAGGUGGAGGCUCUCAAGAGAGAUGGAGAAGCACAAACAGCUAAGCUGAAAGAACUGGAGCUACAGAAGACUGAGGUGGAGAGGCAGAAGACUGAGCUGGAGAGGCAGAAGCAGGAGCUUCAAGCACAAGCAGCAGAGCUGAUCACCAUGAAAGCCAGGUCAAAUGUCACAGAACACCAGGUGGAGGCUCUGAUGAGAGAUGGAGAAGUCAAACAGGUGGCUUUCUCAGCCUCUCUGUUGGCUUCAGGUUCAGGACAUGUUGGACCAUUUAACACACACACUCUUCUGGUCUUCAGAUAUGUCCUCACAAACAUUGGAAAUGCCUACAACCCAAACACAGGUUUUUUCAUUGCACCAGUGAGAGGAGCCUACCACUUUGAGUUCUACAUAGGUACAUAUGGAGAUGCUUCACAUGCUUCAGGUGCACACUUGGUCAAGAAUGGAGGACAAACUUUUAUGGCAUAUGAGCAUCAGCCGUCCGGUCAUAGCAGCUCUGCUAAUGGUGCCACGCUGCUUCUAGAGGUCGGAGAUGUUGUGUAUUUGCGUCAGUGGGCGAACACAAGAAUAUUUGACAAUGAAAAUCACCACAGCACCUUCAGUGGUCAUCUGCUUUUCACCAUGUGAAACAGUCCUUUCUGUAGCUACAUGAUAGCUGUGCACACACUGCAGCAGUUUAUCAGUACAUGUUGAUGGAAGUGUCAUUUGUUUUUCCUUUUACAUGAAAGCUGAUUGAUAAGGCUUCACAACAACAGCAACAACAACAGCAACAACAACAACAAUAUUUUUAAUAACAAAAAGUUCAUGAAUUUUUCAUCUGCAUCUCUCUCUGGAUUUGCAUCAAAAUACACAGUGAUAGACAGUGAGGGAACUUGUGCCAGAGCUUUUUAACAUUAGAUUAAGGAGGUGCAGUAACUGAUGAGAAAAUUGUGUAAAUGUUGAAAAGUUGUUUGAUUUAUCUCACAAGCUCACAAGCAAUCCUGUAUCUUCACCUGGAUCCUGAUUAACACCAGAAACUACCUGCUGGUUGGACCAGAGCAUCAAACCAAACCACCUCACUUUACUCUGCGACUGUUUUUACUUUGUUCUGCAGAAACUUGAAUGGUCUUGUGCUGUUAAUGUGAGAGGGGGAGUUCCCUUUGUUCCUUCAGAUGCAUAAUACACCAGCUGUGCUGUUUUUAUUUGUAAAUAUCUGGACAUACAGGAGUAUUGUAUCAGUGAGAGCAAAUCAAAGUCUCAUUUACAGUAUUUAUCCUGUGUAUUAAAGCUGGAUGACAAAGCUUUGCAGCAACAAUCUUUUGUACAUAUUAAAUGUCUUAUUUUCAUGUCCUCUUACAUUUGAAUAAAAGCAUGAACAAGUCACUGCA